AUGAACGAACACCAAUGGAGAAUGUUUGAAUAUAAUAUGAGUAAAUGGAUGAUUGAAAAUAAGUAUAUUUUAGAUCAAGAAGAAAAAAAAAAAUUUUACAAAUGUGCAAAUUAUAGUUUAGGUACAGGUGUGAUAAAUGCUUCAUUAAUUUAUUUCUUUUGUAAAAAAUAUAAAAAUUAUUUUACUCCAGUAUCAAGAUGUUUUUUAACUUUUUCAUUUGGUGUUUAUACAUCAAUGGUUGUUAAUAAAAUAUUUAGAAGAAAAGCAUAUACAGAAAUAUUAACUUCAAAAACAUCUAUGACUGAUAAGGCAAGAGAAGUUAUGAAUGAUAUAUUAAAUACCAAUGAUAAAAAUAAUAAAAUUCCAUUUAAAGAAAUUGAGAAAAAUGUAGAAAAUAAAAAUUUUGAUAAUACAAAUCAAUAUAACUUAAUGGAUGAUAGCGGUCUACAAAUAAAUAAUGAUUUUAAAUUAGAAGAUAAUAAUAAUACCUUUUCAACUCAAGAUUUAAAUGAUACCAUUAAAAAUGAACAAAUUAAUGAAAUAGAGAGGCAAAAUUCCUACUUUUUAAAGGAACCUACAGAAAGUAAAUCUGUUAGCUGGGAUGAAAUAAGAAGAAGAAAUGAAUAA